AUGCCACGCCCUCGGCAUAAUACAACAGCUCUCCCCCGGAACCUCCGGUCCGAAUUAGGUAUCCGUGAUACCUAUGGCGACAAGAAGCGCCGCCUGAACGGACCUGCCUCGCGCAAAGAACGCCGCCAAAAUGAACGCACGCAGAAGAAGUCACGACAUGCAGCACCGCCACAGAAGAAGGUUUUCCAGCGACCCCAAAGCCAGGCCCAGGGAGACAGUGAUGACGAAUUUGACGAUGACUCGGACGACAUGGACAUCGACGAGAAACCUAGUGCGCCACAGAAGAAGUCGAAGUCUACAAAAGAGACUACCGAAAAGCCCAAGUCAAUCUUGAAGAAAGCUGCGACUAAGCCUACGCCCGAGUCAGAGUCCGAGUCCGGAUCAGAGCUUGAGUCAGAGAUUGAUCUAAAUGAGGACGACGACGAGGACGACGAAGAGGAAGAUGAGGAGGAUGAGGAUGAAGAGUCAGAUGAAGAUGACCACGACGAUGAAGAUGAAGUGGAUGAGCCUUCUGAAAACUAUGUCUCGGGGUCGGUCAAGUCCAAAUUAGCACAAGAUGAUGCCGAGAUCGCUGCGUUGGAGAAGAAGCUGGGUCUCAAGAAGGGAGGAAAGUCCAAAGCCUUCGAAGACGAUGGAUUGGACGAUAUCCUGGGAGACUUGGGUGGUGGUGGUGAUGCCUCCGAAGAUGAAAGCCGAAAGCGCAAGCGAGAAGCCGACGAUUGGCUCCAGGCCAAGAGACAAAAGGCCAAGGCCCAACAAGCGCAGGCCUCUAAACAAGAGGACAGUGAAAUGGACAGCGACGAGGAUGUGGACCUUGAUGAGCAAAUAUUCGGAAGCGAUGACGAGGAUGCUGCUGAUGGCAGUGACUUUGAUGGUUUUGAUGAAGAGCCCAAGGAAAAGAAACCAAAGGAAAAUCCUUACAUUGCCCCCGUCACGAAAGAAGCGACUGCUCAGAAAUACAUUCCACCUUCACUCCGAGCGCGCCUCGAUCCUGAAAAUGAGAGCCUCACGAGGCUCAAGCGUCAGGCCCAGGGUCAGCUGAAUAAGUUGUCCGAGGCUAAUAUGCUCUCCAUUGUUGCGGAGUUUGAAAAGCUAUACCGCGACUACCCUCGACAACAUGUCACAUCUACCCUCAUCAGCUUGCUGAUGGGUCUCAUUUGUGAGAGAGCUGCUCUGAACGACACUUUCCUCAUCCUGCACGCUGGUUUCAUCUCAGCUUUGUACAAGCUUCUGGGAAUGGAUUUCGGUGCAGAAAUUGUACAAAAAGUUGUUGAAACUUUGGAUGCCGGAGGAGACGAACGUGGAAAAUUUGAAGGAAAGGAGAUCCUUAACCUGGUCUCCCUUCUCUCCCAGCUUUAUAACUUCCACGUCAUUGGCUCACCACUGAUGUUUGAUUACGUCCGUCUGUUCGUGCAAGAAAUCAACGAAGCGAACACCGAGCUUCUUCUUAAGGUUAUCAGAAACUCUGGCCCUCAACUUCGCCUAGAUGACCCAUCUGCCCUGAAGGACAUUGUCCUGUUGAUCCAGCCCGCAGUAGCGAAUGUCGGAGAGGCAUCUCUCUCUGUUCGAACCAAGUUCAUGAUCGACACAAUCACCGACUUGAAGAACAACCGCUCCAAGUCUGCGGCCGCCGCUGGAGCCGGUAUCACCACUGAGCAUAUUACCAAGAUGCGCAAGAUUCUUGGCUCUUUGAACAACUCUCGAGUCAUCCGUGCUUCAGAACCCAUCAACAUUUCCCGCGAGGAUAUCCACAACUCUUCCAAGAAGGGCAAAUGGUGGUUGGUGGGUGCAAGCUGGAAGGAGGACCCUCUUGUCGCCGCCCAGCGUGAAAUGAGGGAUGCGCCAAUCACCCAGGCCCAAGCACCAGUCCAGGACGAUGAAAGCGAUGCCGAGCCUGACUUUGGAGACCUUGCCAAGGCCCACCGCAUGAACACUGAUGUUCGUCGGUCAAUCUUCGUUGCUAUCAUGUCCGCCAACGAUUUCCAGGAUGCGCAUGUCCGACUGAUGAAGUUGCGCUUGAAGCGUGCUCAAGAAUACGAGAUUCCUCGUGUUCUCCUCCAUUGUGCCAUGGAAGAGCAGGCCCACAACCCAUACUAUUCGCUCAUUGCGCGCCGCAUUUGCGGUGACAUGGGACGCCGAAUUAAGAUGUCAUUCAUGUUCGCUCUCUGGAACAUCUUUAAGAAGAUGGGCGAGCGGGGAGACAUGGAAGACGACGAUGAUGAUAACGUAGAUCCCGAUGACCCCGAGAAUGGUGUCAGCAUGAAGUCCGUGGUCAACCUGGCGAAGAUGUACAGCUAUCUCGUUGCAGAUGGUAGCCUGACAUUGAGCAUUUUGAAGAACCUCAACUUUGCAUACCUCCAGCCCAAGACGAAAACGUUCUUGGAGGUACUGAUCAUUUCCAUCAUGCAACAAUCCCAAAAGUUCAAGAAGAAGUCCAAGAAGUCUAAGACGGAGGAGCCCCGGAAUGAGGAGGCUCUGAUGCAGAUUUUCUUGCGUGUCAAAGAGACCCCACAAAUCGCCAAGGGCCUGAUCUACUUCGUGCGAAAGGUUGUUGCAAAGAGCGAUAUUGUUUCUGAGGAGGACCAAAAGCUGGUUCGCUGGGGUUGCAAUGUCGCUGCUGAUGCCCUCAAGGCUGUGGCAGACUAG